UCUACGAAGAUUUGUUGAUAUGAUUACGUUAGCAGAUUUUUCUGAUCAUGAAGAUGAAAUAUUGGCAGAAUAUGAGAGAAAAGAUGAAAAUAGAGACGAAGAGAAAAAUGAUGAACUUUUAAGCAAUGUAGAUGAAGAUGAAGAUGAAAAAAAUGUCGUUUCAAGAAGAAUAGAUCCUUCUAAAUCGCAAAGGGCCAUCAGUCGUAAUCCCAUACCUAAACUUAAUACAGAACGUUUAAAAGGUCCUAAAGGUAUACAUACCAUAGAAAAACAUUUUGAAGGAUUUAAGUUUUAUGGGAAAGGAAGAGAAAAAAUGGAUUUAGAUCGCAUUAUGAAAAGAUUGGAACAUUGGGCGCACAGAUUGUUUCCUAAGUUGGAUUUUGAUGACUUUUUGGAAAAAACUGAAAAGCUUGGUUCUAAGAAAGAUCUUUCUGUAUUUGUGACCAAAUAUAGACACGAUAUGAUAUCAUUAGAUGAUCCUGAAAUCAUCCAGAAUAAUUUAAGUGACGAUGAGCCUAUGGAUAGUGAACCUUCCGCCAUUGAUGCAUUUGACUUAUUAAUUGCAGAACAAAUUGAAAAACAGAAAGAAGUUUUGGUACAACAUAAUCUUGACAAAAAUGAUACAUCUGUUAAUGAUCAUUCCAAUGAUAUUUUUUUUGAAAAUACAUCUACUCAAUGUUCUACUCAAACUGAUAAAAUCGUAGAAACUAGUGGAUCGCAAAUUAAUACUCCAGAGUUAAGCUAUGAAAUAAAGGAAAGAAUUGAAAGGAAUAGACUACAGGCUUUAGAACGAAGAAGACUUGCUAAAUUAAAAGCUAUGGAAGAAACCAAGAAGAAAAAUGAAAUAAGAGAAAAUGCAGAAAUAUAAAUAUCGAAAUAAAGAAAUACAAAUAUAGUGAAAGUUUGCGUUUACAAAAUGUUUACAGGUUUUAUAAUGAUAAUGAGUAUUUACAAUAUUUCUCAAAAAUUUAUUCACCCAUCUUAUUUCUUACAUAUAAAAAAACAAUUCUUAACCUUUAUUGGACGUUAGUCACGUCUUCCAUGACUAAUAGUAUUUCGGCAUUACGUAAAAGUGAUAAAUGAAAUAUGUAUAUGCAUAUAAACCAAAAUCGCAAUAACCUAAUGAAAAUCGUAUGAAAAAAGCUUACGACCGAUAAUGAUUAAUAUACUUAUGUCAUUUCUCAUUGAACAUUAAUAUAAAUAUAAUAAUUUUGUAUGUUUCGUAUGUUAUAAAAAAAGAAUAUAAUCAUAAAUAAAUUAUAUUAUUUCAUAGUUACGUUCUACGUUUUUGUGUACUGAUAUAUAAUACAUUAUUACCACGUAUAAAAGCA